AUGACAAUAGUGUCCGCCAACAGCAUGAUGGUGCUAUGCAAUUCACUCUCUUCUUUCGCCAUUCCUCGCCUUAUCCCCACCGCCCACAACCACAAGCAGCCAACAUCGCCGCCGCCGGUAAAGGGCCGCACAAUCGGGCCAAUUUUGCAAGUGGGCCGCCGGAAAGCGAGCCCGAGAGGAAUUUCGGUGGUGACCCGUGCGGGUCCCAGCACCAGCAGCUACAUAUUUGCCUUCGUCUUCCCGCUUUCUCUUCUCGCGGUCACCAUUAUCACCUCCGCGAGAAUUGCCGAUAAGCUCGACCAGAAGUUCUUUGAAGAGCUUGCCAUAAAUCAAGCUAUUCUGGAAGGAGAAGAGGAAAACGCGGAUGAAGUCUCGGUUCCCUUGGAGAAAGAAGCCGAGCAGACUCGUACCCGCAAUCGACCCAAGCGAGAAGUCGAACGAUCAUCAUCUACCUAA